AGUCUCAUCGUGUGGUUCUUGUGGCCCAGACAGAUGCGGGACGAAUGGCGGGUUUUGCUCAUUUGAAUGUUUAGGCAGAAGCGAAACUGAAAGCUCAACAAGCCGUUAGGCAGCAUCACGUGGCACUGAGGAGAAAUAACGUUUUAUUGUUCGAGCGUAAACAGCAAAGAGAGGAAGUUUGAGUCUGGCCAUUUCCUUCCUAAUCAACGCCACUAGAUUCUCAUCUCCCUUCAGUGCUUUGUCUGGACUUUCUCCCAUUGAGACCGAUUGCAGAAAUGAGCCUUCAGGUUUGCGACUGCUGUGGUUGGACCAAAGUGACGACCUAUCAAGGCCUGAGGAUCCACCAGGGUAGGAUGGGCUGCACACCGAGGGGUGCGAGGAUCGCAGAGCCUCAGCAGCAGUACACGUGGAACCUCGGAGGACAGACAAACGUUAACUUGGGUUACAAGCUGGAAGUCCGGAACACAGUCAAAAUCGAAAGUUCAAAUUAUUAUUCAGACAUGAGCCUCCAGACGUGCCACUGCGGCUGGAAGAAUAUGACGAAUUAUCACGGCUUGAGAACCCACCAAGGAAUGAUGGGCUGCAUGCCGAAGGGGGUGAGGAUUCCCAAGGAAGAGCAGAGUGCCUGGAGGGACCACUGGAAAACACAACUAGAUAACAAAAAACUUCCUGUCACAAAGAAAGUUAAUACAAAGGAGGAGAAUUCCCCAGAAAUACCAAGGAUGAGAAACUACAGUAACCCCACCUCAGGAGCAAAGGUCAAAAAAGAGAACAAGUCAGGCUCUUCUCAAAAAUCAACAAGGUCAAAGUCCCGCCAUCAGUUGGAGGAACGCUUCACACCUUUAAAGACUUCUGAGGAGUACUGGAGCACCGUUAGCUGCGAUAACUACGCAACAGCAGCAUCCAGAAUCAAGGCGGAGCCCGUGUCACCUCUGGAAGACUGUAUUCCAAGAUACCCAGAUGACCGCAUCUGGGAUGUGAGGGAUGAGUCCUCACUUUAUUUGCAGAUGAACGAUUGGCUCGGUGAAAUUCCAGCCGCCCAACAGGAGGACCGAUGCGGAACUUUUAGGGAACAUCCAAGAGCUCCAACACCUUCUCUCCAAGUCCUGCACGGAGAGAAGGAUUCACUGUUACCGACAUCGGGACAAGAAACGCCAAGCUCUCAGCUGCUGAAAGAAAUUCAAAACUGCUUAGAAAAAUAUAAAAAGAGGAGAGAUGAAAAAAUGGUGAACUCUGCUCGCGAGACUGUGGGUGAAACAUCAAGGAUCUCAAACAACUCGGUAAUAAAAGCUGAAUCUGUGGAGAAGAACCACUCACGUCUUCCAACCCAACAACACCCACUCAAGAAACCCACGGAAACCAAAACAGCAGCUGCUGAGCAGAGAAAUGAAUCUGUCCGCAAAUGUUCAACAACUCAACCUCCGGUUCCAGCUAAGAGGAAGAGUUUACUCCUACUCACUGGAACACCAGAGAAAGCUGAAGGACCUUCAGCCAGCGCCGAUGGAGAAAUGAGGAAAGAUGACAAGAAAGAAAAACUGGAGCAGAAUGUGAGACACACAACCAAAGUCAGGUCAACAGUGAAGGAGAAAAACUCACCCCCGCCCCACUCGUUACGAAACCCCACAGACACAAAAGUAACGUCUUCUGAGCAGGUGAGCCGAGCAGCGCCCCCUGUGGUGCCACCGAAAAGGAACUUGCGUUCGUUCCGGGUGAGGCAGCUGAGUGGGCGAGACAUUACUAAUGACUUGGAAAGAGCCAACAGGGAAAUGAAGGUGAAAGAGCUGGUGCGGAUGUUUUCCGUCUCGGCAGCCCAGGAGAACACGGGAGGAACAAAGGAGGAACCCGCAUCAGAACACCCACGAGUAGUGAAGAUUCUCGCUCAAAGACAUUCUGCCAUGCCGGCUCAGGAAACUAGAGUCCAACCAAAGGUGGAAGGCAGGAAGGAGAAGCGUGCAACAGACGUAAAACCUGACAUAACUCCAACAGCAGCAGAAGUGCCACAGAAGGAGGCUCCAUCAUCGUCGUGUGAAGCAGCAAAGCCUGAAGUUCCCACCAACAUGAAGGUGAAGGAACUGGCUCAGAUGUUUUCGACGCAGGAAACGGCGGCCGGGCCGAAGGAGAAACGUGGCCUAGAACACAGAUCAUUACAGGUAAAACUGAUGGCUCAAAGAUUUUUACAACCCACAUCCCAGGAUGCAAUAGGUCAGCUGAAGAAGGAGGAUCAUGACAGAGCACAACAAGCACAGCAGAAGUUACCAGACUCAACAUGUACCUCUUCCAAAAUGAAAACUGCAGCACUAAAGCCCACCAUGCCUCAGGAACACAAACCCUCAGGUGAAGCGUCUCAGGUCGCAGGUUUGUCCACCAGGUCAAAGGUGAAGGACCUGGCUCGGAUGUUUUCAACUAAGACCAUGUAGGGAGAAGUUGUCCAACUAAAAGAGAGAAACAAAAAUAAAAGUCUCCAAGUA